CUCAUCAAGGAAGAGCCUUUUAAGUUUUAACACUUCUGAUUAUCUCCGGCGAAAAUCUUCACCGGAAAAGUGGUAAGGUCACUUUACUUGUACGGAACCGUAAUCGGAAUUCUCUCCCAAUUCAGCUCUAAAGAUGUUGCAAAGCAACACCUUUAGCCGGAAAACGAAAGGAGGCAGAAUAAGGAAGGAAGUAAGGGAAGUGUAUUUGAGAGACGAUAUAUACUGUGGAGCUACAGCUUGCAAAAUCUGUGAUGCUUCCGGUGCUCGCCUGACUUCUUCCCCAAUUAUCAUUCUGGAUACUAAUGUCGUCCUUCACCAGAUUGAUUUGCUUGAGAAUCCGGCGAUUGACAAUGUAGUUCUGCUGUCAGUCGUCCUGAAUGAGGUUAAGAACAAGAACAUGGCUGUUUACAAUCGAAUUUUAGCUCUCUCCAAGAAUUCUCUAAGGAAGUUCUACGUUUUCAGCAAUCAAUUCCACAAGGACACAUUUGUCAAGCGCAUGGAUGGUGAAAGUCCAAAUGAUUUCAAUGAUAGAGCGAUUAGGGUGGCUAGUCAUUGGUAUCAGACACAUCUAGGUGGUGCAACAUCAAUCUUACUUAUAACAAAUGACAGGGAAAACAAAAGGAAAGCUAUUGAAGAGGGAAUUUCUGCAGAGACAAUUCAGUCAUAUGUGAAAUCAUUGGGUCAACCAGAGUUGCUUGACCUGCUUGUCAACCCUGCAUCUGAAUCUGAAGGUGUAGCCAUGGAAGUAGUUGAAGAUUUAAGGCCUUCAAAGAUACAAGUUGUUUACCCAGAGCAUAAGCCCAUGUCUGAGAUCACUUCUGGUUUGCAUCGUGGAAUAUACCACCAAGGAAAACUCCGUGUUAAUCGUUAUAAUUCAUUUGAAGCAUAUGUUGGAAGUGAAAGCAUAGGUGAUGAAAUAAUCAUUUAUGGGCGUAAAAACAUGAAUAGAGCUUUUGAUGGUGAUAUAGUUGCCGUGGAACUUCUGCCUCAAGAUCAGUGGCAUGAGGAGAAGAAUUUAUCUAUAGCAGAUGAAGAUGAUGAGGAAGAAGAGGAUAUUCGUUUAGCUCCAAGCAGUGCUGAUGAUGCUCCUAGAACUACAAAUUUAGAAGUAGGUUCUGCCACCAAUAUGAAUUCUACCCCAUCUCAUCCAUCCGGCCGUGUUGUUGGUAUUAUAAAGCGGAACUGGCAUUCUUAUUGUGGGUCUUUGGAGCCAAAAUCUAAGCCUGCUGGUACUGGAGGUUUUACAUUUGUUUUAUUUGUCUCCAAAGAUCGUAGAAUUCCUAAGAUUCGGAUUCAAACUCGACAACUUGAGAAUCUUCUGGAUAAGAGAAUAAUAGUGGCAGUUGAUUCUUGGGACCGCCGAUCUUCUUAUCCUUCUGGCCAUUAUGUCCGUGUCAUAGGAGAAAUUGGUGAUAGGGAUACUGAGAGUGAGGUGGUCUUGAUAGAGAAUGAUAUAGACUCAAGACCCUUUUCUGCCCAAGUUCUGUCAUGCUUGCCGCCAUUACCAUGGUCUGUGUCUUCUGAAGACCUGGCCAAUCCUAUCAGGCUGGAUCUACGGCAUGUACGUGUUUUCAGUGUGGACCCUCCAGGUUGCAAGGACAUUGAUGAUGCGUUACACUGUACAGCCCUUCCUGAUGGAAACUAUGAAGUUGGAGUUCAUAUUGCUGAUGUUACAAAUUUUGUUUAUCCUGGCACACCACUUGAUGAUGAGGCUUCUCAAAGGGGCACGUCUGUCUACCUUGUUGAACGUAGAAUUGACAUGCUUCCUAAACCUCUGACAGAAGAUAUAUGUUCUCUUCGAGCUGAUGUAGAAAGGCUAGCUUUCUCUGUUAUAUGGAAAAUGACGCCAGAAGCAGAGAUUAUCUCCUCAAAAUUCACAAAAAGUAUUAUCAAAUCAUGUGCAGCAUUGUCGUAUGUUGAAGCCCAGGCAAGGAUGGAUGAUAGUCGAUUGAUGGACCCAUUAACCACUGAUUUAAGAAAUAUGAAUGCUUUGGCCAAGAUAAUGAGGCAGAGGCGUAUUGACAGAGGAGCUCUAACUCUUGCUUCUGCUGAAGUCAAAUUUCAAAUUGAUACUGAGACUCAUGAUCCUCUUGAUAUUGGCAUGUACCAGAUACGAGAAGCAAACCAAAUGGUUGAGGAGUUUAUGCUUGCAGCUAAUGUUUCAGUUGCCAAACAGAUUCGUGAUUAUUUUCCAUCAUGUUCACUUUUAAGACGCCAUCCUACUCCAACCAGAGAGAUGCUUGAACCUUUGUUGCGCACAGCUGCUGCUAUUGGACUCAGCUUGGAUGUUUCGUCAUCAAAAGCAUUGGCAGAUUCACUUGACCAUGCUGUGGGUGAUGAUCCAUACUUCAAUAAGCUAAUUAGGAUCUUGGCAACUAGGUGCAUGACACAGGCGGUUUAUUUCUGUAGUGGAGAUCUCAGUCCUCCAGAAUAUCAUCAUUAUGGGCUUGCAGCCCCUCUAUAUACACAUUUCACUUCUCCUAUCAGGAGAUAUGCUGAUGUUAUCGUACAUAGGUUGCUUUCUGCAUCUCUUGAAAUAGACAAGCUUCCAACAAUAUUCCAGGACAGAGCCCAACUCACUAGUAUUGCUGACAAUUUGAAUUAUCGGCAUAGGAAUGCCCAGAUGGCUGGCCGGGCCUCAGUAGAGCUCCAUACUCUUAUUUACUUCAGAAACCGGCCUACUGAUGCAGAGGCCAGAAUAGUGAAGAUAAGGUCCAAUGGUUUUAUUGUCUUCGUGCCAAAGUAUGGUAUUGAAGGACCUGUAUACCUAACAUCAAAAGGCGAAAAGGGAGGUGGAGAAUGGUUUGUGGAUGAGGAGAAGCAGAAGAUUGUCAAGAUGGACAAUACCAUUUCUUACAGCAUUCUGCAACCAGUUAGGAUCCACAUGGAGGUUGUGGAGCCUCAACCCAACCGGCCAAAACUUCAGCUUACUCUUAUUAUCUAGCAGGUCAGCAACACCAUCUUAGAGAAGAUAGUAACCUAAUACUAGGAAUGUCAUGUGGAGUGUAUGCAUCCAAAUAUUGUAACAAUUGUUUUCUUGUGCCACAUUCAGUGUUUAGAAUUGCAACAGGAAGCUUCAUAUAUUUUUUUAUUAUUAAAGUUCUAGAAUUUUGCUGUCUUUGAUAUUUUGAGAACCAUACUUGUCUAAGCCAGCUUAUUAACCAUUGAACAUUGUCUUCGCUAAAUGCCAAAAGUGAGGAAAGUCACCAUGUUAGCAUUUACACC